AUGGGUCAGACUCUUUCGGAGCCAGUAGUAGAGAAGCUAUCCGACAGCGGUGAAGAUGAUCGUUUGGCCUUCGGACUAUCCAGCAUGCAGGGCUGGCGUAUCUCUAUGGAGGAUGCUCAUGCUGCGGUCCUCGAUCUCCAUAAACCUGACGUUGCGGGCACUGCCGGAAAAGAGGGAAGGUUGAGUUUCUUCGGUGUCUACGAUGGGCAUGGAGGCGAGAAAGUUGCUGCAUUCAGCGGGGAUAACGUUCAUAAGAUCGUGGUGAAGCAGUCUUCUUUUGAGGCUGGCGAUUACGGAAAGGCCCUGCAGGAUGGGUUUCUUGCUACAGAUAGAGCUAUCUUGCAGGAUCCCCGCUAUGGUGACGAGGUAUCUGGAUGUACUGCCACUGCCGCCCUUAUUUCAGACACAAAGAUCUAUGUUGCAAACGCCGGCGAUUCACGUACAGUUUUGGGUGUAAAGGGAAGAGCUAAGCCCUUGUCUUUCGACCAUAAGCCACAGAAUGAAGCCGAGAAGGCCAGGAUACAGGCUGCUGGUGGUUUCGUCGAUUUUGGAAGAGUUAACGGCAACCUUGCGUUGUCAAGAGCUAUCGGUGAUUUCGAGUUCAAGAAGAGCGCCGACCUCCCACCAGAACAGCAGAUCGUUACCGCCUUCCCAGACAUCAACAUACACGAAAUCUCAGAUGAUGAUGAGUUCCUAGUUCUUGCCUGCGACGGAAUCUGGGACUGCCAGUCAUCUCAGGCCGUUAUCGAAUUCGUUCGACGUGGCAUAGCCGCCAAGCAAGAGCUUCAUCGUAUUUGCGAAAAUAUGAUGGAUAACUGCCUUGCCUCUAGCAGUGAUACUGGUGGUGUAGGAUGCGACAACAUGACCAUCGUUAUCGUUGCCCUACUCCGUGGCAAGACCAAGGAAGAGUGGUAUGAUAUGAUCGUGAAGCGUGUUGCUGACGGCGAUGGCCCUUGCGCUCCGCCCGAGUACGCCGAGUUCCGCGGGCCGGGGGUACACAACGACUUUGAUGAUAGUCCAGACGAGUUUGAUGCGCAGAACCAGUCGGACAUGUUUGACGACGCAGAGGAUAAAGAGGAGGAGGAGAAAGAUGACGAGGCACUACGAAAGGUAGCUGCAAGAGAAAACAAAGGGGAGGACGAAGAGAUGAAAGACAUCACAAGGUCGGAUAAGGAUAAGGAGAACGCAAAGGUCGACUCUUCUCCUGCAAAAGCCGCCACCUCUACAGACGGAGGGCCCAAAAAGCAAGCUUCAAAUUAG